AUGAAGGAGACAAUCAAACAUCAACCUGUUGCCCCUUCGUCCUCCAUCGUGCAAGGUGAUAAAUGGCGUAUCACCGUGCUCCUUGACGGCUUGAUUCGAUUCGAAUGGUCAGAGACUGGUCAGUUCGAGGACCGAGCAUCAACUUUUGCUGUCAACAGGGAUCUACCCACUCCCAAGUUUGAAGUGGUCGAACGUGACAAUCAGAUUGAAAUCAUCACCGAUAGAGUUUACAUUGAGUAUGAUCGCAAGGCAUUCUCACCUUCAGGUCUGUCCGUGACGCUCCGGGCGAACGCCAGAUACUACAACAUUAUCUGGAGGUAUGGUCAAAAGUUGGAGAAUCUUGGAGGGACAACGAGGACCCUAGACUUUGUCGACGGCCGAACGGCUCUGUGGGACGGAGUAUUGUCCAAGGAUGGUAUGGCCGUUCUCGACGAUACCGAGUCCAUGUUGUUCACCUCCAAAGGCUGGAUUGCGACUCGAGAGCAAGGCACCAAAGACCUGUACCUGUUUGCGUAUGGCAAGGACUAUCAUCAAGCUCUCAAGGCAUUCUACGACGUCUCAGGGCAUUGUCCCAUCUUGCCUCGAUGGUGCCUUGGCAAUUGGUGGUCGCGAUACUAUCCAUACUCCCAAGACGAAUACAUUGGCUUGAUGGACCGAUUCAAGGACGAGAAGAUACCUCUGUCGGUGGCCGUCAUUGACAUGGACUGGCACGUCGUGGAGGUGGAUGAGAAGUACGGCACUGGAUGGACUGGGUGGACCUGGAACAGGAAACUGUUCCCUGAUCAUGUCAAGUUCCUCAAGCAGCUGCAUGAUCGGGCUCUCAAGACGACCUUGAACACCCAUCCCUCAGAUGGUAUCAGAGCGUACGAAGCGAUCUACCCAGACAUGUGCAAGGCUCUGGGCCGAGAUCCCACAGCUGGGCAUACCAUCUCAUUCGACCCUACUGACCCCAAAUUUCUCGACUGCUAUUUCAACAUUCUCCACCGUUCUCUGGAGAAGGAUGGAGUCGACUUCUUCUGGCCAGAUUGGCAACAGGGGGAGAUCAGCAAAUUGGCUGGGGCCGAUCCCUUGUUCAUGUUGACCCAUUUCCACUUUUUGGACCACGUCAAGGAGGGCAAUAGACCUAUGGGAUUUUCAAGAUACAUCGGUCCUGGAGGACAACGUUAUCCCAUUGGGUUCUCAGGAGAUACCGUCAUCACCUGGGAUUCUCUCAAAUACCAACCCGAGUUUACUGCCACAGCCCCGAACGUCGGUUUCGGCUGGUGGAGUCACGACGUCGGGGGACAUCAUCAAGGCUACAAGGACGAAGAACUCUACGCGCGUUGGGUACAAGUCGGACUGUGGUCACCUAUCCUCCGUCUUCACUGUUCCACUGGAAUCUUUUACGCCCGAGAACCGUGGCGAUACAACGCGGAGACCCGAGAUGCCGCCACGAGAGCCCUAAGAUUCCGACACAGGCUGGUACCUUACUUGUACACUAUGGCUACCCGCAGUGCCAUCGAGGGACAUUCACUUGUUGAGCCCAUGUACUACGACAAUCCUCAUACAGAGAUGGCGUACAAGUAUCGAAACACGUUCAAAUUCGGCACUCAGCUUCUUGUGGCACCCGUCACCACGCCCCGUAACAAGGAUACCACCUUUGCGGUGACGCCUGCUUGGGUUCCUCCUGGUCGACACGUCGAUCUCUUUACUUCAACUGUGUACGAUGGCGAUCGAACGAUCUCGUUCCAUCGACCGCUUGACAAGAUUCCCGUCCUGGCCAAGGAAGGUGCGAUUGUCCCUCUGGACGCGAGUGACAAUCUGGAGAACGGUUGUCCACUGCCUGCCAAGUUGGAGAUCCUCCUCGUCAUCGGUGCUGAUGGUCAAUUUGAACUGGUUGAAGACGAUGGAAGCGGAGAAAGUAUCGAUCGUAUCGAUUUUUCCAAGACAUUGAUCACCUAUUCUCACGAGAAAGGUCAACUCGUCAUCGGCCCUUCUAGCCAUGCGCUCGUUGCGGAAAGACAUUGGUCCGUCAGACUUUUAGCCUACACGCCAGACCCGUCCAAAGUCAAGGCUACUAGUGGUGGUCAGCCUCUGCCAGUCCAGGUGUCCAACCCGGUGCAAACGGCUGAUCCUCAUGGAUGGCUCAUCGAUCUCGGCGUUUUGAGCGCGAGUCAAAGCACGACGGUUGACCUCGGCGAGGCACAACCGCAGCUCGACAAACGUGGCGUCACCGACCAACUCUUCCGAGUCAUUGACGCUUCACAGAUGGACAACGUCAUGAAGCACAAUCUGUGGGAAGUCGUCCAAACUGCUGGCAAAGUCACUCUCAACGUCUUGAUCAGCAACGUCGACGCUAUCCCUUGUGAUGACGCCCUCAAGCAGGCAGUGUUCGAGAUUCUCCUCGCAGACUCGAGAAUGUGA